AUGCCGCCGAAAAGGAACAAUGCCGGCCUCGCCAAACAGGUGCCCAACAAGCGCCGCCGUCUGUCGGCAGGCUCGUCAUUGUUCCGCGGCCGCGGGAGGGCCGAUGACAACUACCAGCCACGACAAACCCGGUCUCUGGCGGCCUUGCAUGGAGGGUCCCCGCUCCUGUUCCUGGACGAUAAUAGCGUGCCUAGGGUAGCCCCCCAGCAGGCAUCACGCCCAUCCCCCGCCCAUGUUGUUUAUGCUCCGGAAUCCUCGGCUGAGUCUGAAAUCCAAGUGUUAAUCGACCAUGACGACGAGGAGGAUGCCACGCCCCCCCUCAGCCCUGAUGACCCGCGCAGACACAUAAGGUCGGGUGCCCCGAGCCCCGAGGAACACCGGCCACAGCCAGCCCCAAACACAAUGCCAAUGAACCCCCCCGUCCUGACGACUCACAGCCCUGCACCAGGUGCAAACCUACCUGUGGUGGCACCUACGGUUGCCUAUACUAUUCAGACGAUCCCGACAGCAGUUCCGGUUCCAGCAGUUCCAGUUCCAGAAGUCCCACUUCUGGGUCGGGAGCGCCGUCAGUUGUCGUCAAGAGCGAUUCAAGUUGCGGGUCGCCAACCGACAGUAGGCAGGCCUUUCAGCUCCGAUGCGACAACUCUCGUAAAGACUGAGGGCAGCGACAAGCCCAAGAUAAGCAGCAGCAACCCGAAUGGCAGUGACGAGAAGCCCUCCAUCUCUUCAAGCGAGUCCCCGGAGAGGGGCGGAGAACCUGAACAACCAAGCAACCCUCUGCGUCUCCCCCCUCCAUGGCUUGGCUCCUGGACGGAAUUCUUAUCCGUCGGAGAAGAAGCAUCAAGAAGCCGUCCCAACACCACCACCACCACCACCAUCACCAACAACAACAACCCACCAUCCACCCCCGACCAGCCGCACACCCCCCGAGCCCCUCAUCAACUGGUCGCACCCAGCCCCCGACUUCAGCCCCAACAGCGACUACGCGCCUCGAAGCCCAACUCGCGCUCCAGCCCCCACAUCGACGCGGACACCCCGCCCUUCAUGCGCUACCAGCCGGGCGUCUUCGCCGCCGCCCAGCACCUGGCCCCACCUAGCUCCGAGUCCAGCAGCAUGCGCCUCCCCCCAGCGACGCCGACACCGACACCGACGACGCACACGCCGGCCAGCUGCUGUGUCACGAUAUGGUCGCAUGCAGACGACUCGGCGGGUCACGCUGGUAGUGCCCGAGCCAAUCGGCAAAGAAGGGCCUCCUCCAAUGGGAACCGGAUCGAGACUGCAAAUGCGAUCCGAGGGUGGCCAAUCAGGAAUGGAUCAUUGGAUCGAGAAGCGAUCUAA